AUGGCGCCCAAACAGAAAGCCCAGAAGAUGUCCCUCGGGAACUUCUUGGCUGAUGAGAGUCUCGGAUCAUGGGCCGAUGAAAUGGAGGAUAUGCCCUUGCCUGCUGCCCCAGAGCCUCGCUCCCUCUAUGGCGGAGAACGUCGUGCUGUCAGCUCGACUGCGGGAUUCGGAAACGGCUUCAAUGACCGUGAGCGCCCUGCAUUCUCUCGUCCCGAUCUACCUCUUCCUACCGAGCCUCCCUUUACCGCUCAUAUCGGCAACCUUUCCUUCGAUGCCACUUCCAGCGACGUCUCCGAGUUGUUCGCCGAUUGCGAAGUCACCAACGUCCGCAUCGUUGAAGAUAAGCUGAACCGUAGCCCCAAAGGCUUCGGCUACGUCGAAUUUGCCUCUGUUGAAGGACUCAAGAAGGCGCUUACUUUCUCUGGCACGACUCUUCAGGGACGUGGUAUCCGUGUUAGCAUUGCAGAGCCUCCCAAAGAUUCUGCUUCCUCUCGGGACUUUAGCGACUGGUCUCGCAAAGGCCCUCUUCCAGACCUGCCUCGCCGUGGCAACGACCGCGGUGGCUUCAACCGUGAUUUCCCUGACAACGUUUCCGAAACUGGAAGUGCUCGUGGCAGCAGACGCCAAUUCGAGGGCGAUGGUAAAGCCCGUGACUUUGGUAAUUGGGAGCGCAAGGGUCCUCUCUCGCCCGUCGCUGCUGUUGCCGGACGCGAAGGCGGUCGUCCACGGAGCAACGAGGGCUCCAACUUCCGCAAAAACUCUCCCGCCUGGGGAGAAGGCCGUUCCCAAGACGGCUCUCGCCCACCUCGUCGUGAAUUCCAAGAGCGACCUGAACGACCAGAGCGCACCCCUACCGCAGCUGAAAUGGACAACCAAUGGCGCGCACGAAUGCGUCCUGACCCCGCCCCCAAGGAACCUAGCGCUCCUUCUUCACCUGUUGCCACCGCCGCUACUCCUGCUGCUUCGGCCGCUCCAGCAACGCGACCAAAAUUGAACUUGCAGAAGAGGACUGUGUCCGAGAACGUUCAAAGCCCGCCUCCUAGCGCUACUGGUGACUCAAAAGCAAGCCCCUUUGGUGCAGCUCGACCUACCGACACUGCUGCUCGGGAACAAGAAGUUGUUGCUAAGCGCGAACGUGCUCGCAAAGAUGCCGAAGACAAGUCCAAGGCUGAAAAGGCAGAGAAACAACGCCAAACCAAGGAGAAGGCCAAGGCAGAGAAGGCUGCAACCGGCGAGAAUGGUACCAAGGAGACUGACUCUGAAGCGCCAAAGAAAUCAACCUUUGAAGUUCUGAGACGCGGGGAUGAUGAGGCUGUCGAAGGCGAAACAGAGGAAACCAAGGAGGAAUUGACCGCAACCAAGGAGCAACCCAAGGAAGUCACCGAGAGCAAGACGAACGGCAGCUGGAGAAAGGCUGAGCCUGCCCCGGCUGCAGCCGACGAGGAGGGCUGGAGCACCGUUUCCACCGGCAAGCGCAACAAGGGACGUGGCCGGGGUUAUUAG